CGCGGCGGCGCCGCGUCUCAGCGGGGCGCAGGGCCCCGGCUCUGCCGCCGCCCGCCGGGCCCGGAGCGCGCCGGCAUGGCGCCGGGGCCGGCCGCCGUGUCUCCGGUGUGAGCGCUGCGAGCCCGACUCCGUUACCGGGGCUGUAAGUCUGGUGACUGCGCGUCUCCGGAUGGGAAUGUCCCCGAGCCCGGCCCCUGGCUCGUGCGGCGUCGCUUAGUCCUUGGUGCAGCUUGUUUGCCUCAGUCAGUGCUGGAGGGUUUGCACGCGCCGUGUUCACCAUAAGCAAAUCAUACCGUAUCAGCAAUCUGAAAAGGCCUGAACUGCAAAAAACCACGGACCUUGCAAAGCACCGGCUUCCUAAAGACUUUUACACACUAAUUUCUGCCGCUGCCUUCAGCCGAGUGAGAUUGCAGAAGCUGAAGGAGAUGUUUCUAUCCAAAUUUGGAACGGCUCCUGAGUUUUACGUUCGUGCACCUGGGCGAGUCAACCUAAUAGGAGAACAUAUAGACUACUGUGGUUAUGCUGUGCUCCCCAUGGCUAUAGAACAAGAUAUACUAAUUGCAGUCAAACCUGUAAAAAGUCAAGUUGUGCAACUGGCAAAUACCGAUUCCUCAUACUUGGAUUUCAGUACUAAUGUUAAUAACGUUCAGAUUAACAAAACCAAACCUCAGUGGCAUAACUACUUCCUGUGUGGACUGAAGGGUAUUCAGGAACAUUUUGGUCUUAAUAACCCAACUGGAAUGAAUUGUCUGCUAGAUGGAACCAUCCCUCCAAGUUCUGGUCUCUCUAGCUCCAGUGCUUUGGUGUGCUGUGCAGGACUCGUGACACUAAAAGCUAAUGGAAAAACCCUCUCUAAGGUAGAACUUGCAGAAAUUUGCACAAAGAGCGAACGUUAUAUUGGCACAGAAGGUGGAGGAAUGGACCAGUCGAUCUCUUUUCUGGCAGAAGAAGGAACUGCCAAGUUGAUAGAGUUCAGUCCUCUGAGGGCAACUGAUGUUAAACUUCCAAGUGGAGCAGCGUUUGUUAUUGCUCACAGUUGUGUUGAAAUGAAUAAAGCAGCGACUUCUCAUUACAAUAUUAGGGUAAUGGAGUGUCGUCUGGCUACAAAGCUUCUCGCAAAGUCAAAAGGCUUGGACUGGAAGGAUAUGUCGAGACUCCACGAUGUGCAAAGCGGGCUGGGAGUGAGCCUGGCGGACAUGCUGACCGUGGUCGAGGCGGUAUUGCAUCCUGAGCCUUACAGCACAGAGGAAAUUUCUAAAUGCCUGGGAAUUAGCCUGGAGGAGCUCCGCUCACAGGGCCUGAGUCAAAACACGCAAGACGUUUCCACCUUUAAGUUAUACCAGCGUGCAAAGCAUGUGUAUAGCGAAGCUGCCAGAGUGCUGGAAUUCAAGAAGAUCUGCAACGAAGCACCUGCCGAUGCAAUCCAGCUGCUGGGAGAAUUAAUGAACCAGAGCCAUAUCAGCUGCAGGGAGAUGUACGAGUGCAGCUGUCCUGAACUGGAUCGCCUGGUAGACAUCUGCCUGCAAUUUGGGGCCACCGGGUCACGUCUGACUGGAGCUGGCUGGGGUGGCUGCACUGUGUCAAUGGUGCCUACUGACAAGCUGAAUACGUUCAUGAAAAAUGUAGGAAAAGCUUAUUACCAAACCAACGUCCAAAGGUUAGCACUGGAGAAUAAUAGUCUGUUUGCUACCAAACCUGGAAGCGGAGCUUUGGUUUUUGUUGAGGCCUAAAGAACGUAAGAAUUUUAAAGAAACUAUGUAGGGCAUUUAGAACUGGCAGUACUUCCCAUGCCGCAGAAUGAAUGCCUUUUCUGUUUUUUAUUGUAAUGAGCAGUUGCUAUUAUCAAAACAUAUUUCUGAAGAAGUGAUUAAAAGAAAACACUCUGAUUAUGAAGUCUUUUUUCAUACUAAAAAUCUCUUUCAGAGUAAACAUUGAUUUGCAAAAUCCUAUUGACUAGAAAACUGAAAUUGAAAUAAAGGUGACAUUUCAUUA